AUGCAUGUCUAUUUUCUUUUGUUGCUUGUCAUCGAAAAUGUCAUUGCCCCACCAUCUUCCGGUCAGAAAAGAAGUAGACUUAAGCGGGAUUUUCGUGUUGGUCAGAAGAGAUGUCAGCCGCGGUUUUCGGAGAUAUCCACUCUGUACUUGGGAACUAAUUCACAGGAUAACCAGAACAACUUCGACGAAUUUCUUGAGAUCGAUUUCCCCGAGGAACAGUGCGCUGGAAUCAGAAGGCCGUCACUUAUGCCUUAUUUCAUCAUGGUUUUCGAUACCAGACCAAAAAGUCGAGAGCUAACAGGUUCUUUGCUGUAUAGUUCCUUGCAUCAGAGAACAUUGCAGCCAAAUUCACUUUAUUUUGUCAUGGGAAAUCAAAGUGAACAGAACGUAUUAUGGCUAUACCAAUGGAGUACCGCGAAGAAAGCGAGACGAAUACUGCUGCGCACGAUUCGAACAUAUCGGAAACGACGAUAA